AUGACGAGCGAAACGUCUAAUCAGGCUGGGACUUUAUUUGCAGUGUGCGCACCCACAUCUAUCUUACCAGUUGAAUUAUGGCUGCAUAUCCUCGAACGAGCAAGCAUUUACGAAGCAAGUCACCUCUGGACUGCCGUACGGCAUGUGUCACGGAAAUUCAAGGAUCUUGUUGAACGAGUGUUCGCGUCGAUCUACCUCCCAAUGUUCGCCAUCACGCUUUCACUUCCGCGCCGCGACCCCACUUCUGGAGCUCUGCUUUGGCCAGGUGCGCCAAUACCCCGCGCGCAAUUGAGCAUGUCGUUCGACGGCCUCAAUGCCGAUGAAAGCUUUGCCCUGUUCCGUUCGCCGAGUGUACUCAAAGAAGGAACAAACGCAACAAGCGUCGAAGAACUCAAAAACACUUCUGUGCUGCCACUAGAACGACUACAGGCAGCUACGGCAUGGGUGCACUUCACUCGGAACCAGCUGACGGGCAUAGCGAUGCGUGUGCCUGGAUACCUAAGCUGGGACGAGGAACGAAAGACAUGGGUAUGGAGUGUGAAGUGGAAGGAUCUUAUGACGCAGUUUUAUGCAUCAAGAAAGCAGAAAUCAAGCGUGCAGGUGCAGCCCUCCAAAGGCGUGACAGGCCGAACCAGAUUCUCGAAUAAUUGUACAUAG